AUGGAGGGUAGGAUGGACGCCCGGCUGCUAGCAGUGGCCUGCUCUGGCUCUUUCCAUGAUCUGGAAUCACUCCUUGACGGGACACCAGCCGCCUACACCAUGGGAAGCUCGGCGAGGCGGCCACCUUCUCUGUAUGCGGUUACUGCUAGAAGUGACACUCUUCUCCAUGUGGUCGCCGCCAGCCAUGGCGAUUCUGAGGACUUAUUGAGCAAAGCCAGUCUCGUCUACGACAAGGCACCCAGCCUCCUCUUCGUGCAAAACAGCCAGGGAGAUACACCCCUGCACCGUGCUGCACGGGCGGGAAACAUCCGAAUGGUGUCUCGUCUAACUGUUCUUGCCAAUGGCCAGGGUAUUAACAAUGCUAAGGGGCUGUUGGAAACGCAAAACAAGCUGAAAGAGACAGCCUUGCACGAGGCUGUACGCAUUGGGAACAAUGAUAUGGUCAACUGGCUCAUGACGCAGCAUCGAGAAUUGGCCAGUUUUCCUGAAGAAGGUACUUCGCCGUUAUACCUGGCCAUCUUAAAGGAAAAUAAAAUCGUCGCCGAAACACUUUAUGAGUUGCAUGCAUUUUUAAAUCUCAAUUUCGUCAGGUAA